AUGGGGAAGCCAAAUCCCCUCGACGGCCAUGUCUCUGGUCAGUCCAACAGGCCCAUCUCGAAGCCUGCCCACAGCUUGCCCUACGCCGACGUGAUACGAGAAUUGGGUGUAGACGGCGAUGACGGGCUUACUACCUCAGACGCAGAGAAGAGACUCGAGGAGUUCGGAAACAAUGAACUCGACAACGGGCCGGGUGUCAACCCGACCAAGAUCAUCAUCAAGCAGGUCGCCAAUGCCAUGAUGCUGGUCCUCAUACUCGCCAUGGCCGUCUCGUUUGGAAUCAAAUCCUGGAUCGAGGGCGGCGUAGUGGCUGCUAUCAUCAUUCUUAACGUGGUAAUUGGGUUUAUGCAGGAAUACAGCGCCGAAAAGACAAUGGAUUCUCUCCGUUCGCUAUCUUCGCCGACGUCGCAUGUUGUCAGAGGCGGCCAGAACGUCACGGUACCCACGAUCCAGGUCGUGCCCGGCGAUAUGGUCGAGCUUAAGACCGGAGACACUAUCCCAGCCGAUAUCCGAUUGACCGAGGUCAUGAACUUUGAGACGGAUGAGGCCUUAUUGACUGGAGAGUCUCUCCCGGUCCAGAAGGUAGUCGACGAGACAUUCGAUCCAGAGCUGGGCCCCGGCGACAGGCUGAACGUUGCCUUCUCUUCCAGCACUGUAACCAAAGGCAGAGCAAAAGGCAUCGUCUUUGCCACUGGCAUGUUCACAGAAAUCGGCACCAUUGCCGCCGCCCUGCGCGGCGGGAGUUCCCGUAUCCGAGAGCCCAAGAGAACCCCAGAGGGCAAGGUGAAGGCUCACCGACGGGCGCAGGCGUGGGCGCUCACCGGUAAAGACUUUAUUGGUACUUUCCUCGGUGUCAACGUCGGGACGCCACUGCAGCGCAAGCUAUCCCAGCUCGCCAUUGGCCUGUUCUUUAUUGCUGUGGUCUUCGCGAUCAUCGUGCUGGGCGCCAACCGUUUCGUGAACCAGCAGGAGGUUAUUAUCUACGCCGUGGCAACCGGUCUUUCCAUGCUGCCGGCCUCCCUCAUCGUCGUCUUGACCAUUACCAUGGCAGCCGGGACGAAGCGCAUGGUGCAGCGCCACGUCAUCGUGCGGAAGCUCAACGCUCUGGAGGCACUCGGUGCCGUCACUGAUAUCUGCUCGGACAAGACCGGCACCUUGACGCAGGGUAAGAUGGUCGCCAAAAAGGCCUGGAUACCAUCACGGGGUACAUACGCCGUCGGGGAAACUGGCGAACCGUUCAACCCCACGAUGGGAGCAUUAUAUUUCAACACUGGCGCACCUGACGAGGCAGACUCAUCAGACGAUGAGGUUCCCCCUGACCAGGAUGACAGUAAAUCGGCCGAGGAGCUGCUGGCAGACAAUGGACCUCUGGAGGAGUUCCUCAAGGUCGCAUCCCUCGCCAACCUCGCUUCUGUCUACAAGUCCCACGAGGGCGAGGGCUGGACUGCCCGAGGCGACCCGACCGAGAUCGCCAUCCAGGUCUUCGCCUCGCGCUUUGGCUGGAACCGCCGCGGCCUGAUGGAGGGCGACGACGCCAAGUGGCAGCUGAUCACCGAGUACCCGUUCUCGAGCGACGUCAAGAAGAUGUCGGUCAUCUUCCAGCAGAAAGGCAGCGACACCAAGUACGCCUUCGUCAAGGGCGCCGUCGAGCGAGUCCUCGAGGCUUGUGUCGACGUGGACAUGGAUGGGCAAGGGAAACCCACUGCGCUGACUGAGGAUCUGAAGACCGAGGUUCUGGACAACAUGGAGUCCCUGGCAUCCCUGGGCCUGCGUGUUCUCGCUCUGGCCUCCAAGGUCCACGAUGGCCCCAGCAGCACCAGCGAUGAGGACCGCGCACAGGUCGAGAGCGGACUAACUCUCCGCGGCUUGAUCGGUCUGUUCGACCCGCCACGUCCCGAGUCCAAGGGCGCCGUCAAGCGAUGCCACCAGGCCGGCAUUGGCGUGCACAUGCUGACGGGUGACCACCCCGGUACCGCGCUGGCUAUUGCCAAGCAGAUUGGCAUCGUCCCUGACCGGCUGAGCGAGGUCAGCAAGGAGAUGGAGGCCGCCAUGGUCACCACAGCCGCCAAAUUCGAUAAGCUCUCCGAUGACGAGAUCGACGGGCUACCCGUCCUGCCGCUGGUGAUCGCGCGGUGUGCGCCUCAGACCAAGGUUAGAAUGAUUCAAGCGUUGCAUCGUCGAAAGCUCUUCGCGGCCAUGACUGGAGACGGCGUGAACGACUCGCCAUCGCUGAAGCACGCCGACGUCGGUAUCGCUAUGGGACAGGCCGGUAGCGAUGUGGCCAAGGACGCGUCGGAUAUCGUGCUGACGGAUGACAACUUCGCCUCGAUCCUGAACGCCGUCGAAGAAGGCCGCCGAAUUUUUGACAACAUCCAGAAAUUCGUGCUGCACUUGCUGAGCCAGAACAUUGCCCAAGCUUGCACGCUGCUGAUCGGUCUCGCCUUCAAGGACUCCAACGACCUGUCCGUGUUCCCCCUAUCGCCAGUCGAGAUCAUGUGGGUCAUUAUGGUGACGUCUGGGCUUCCAGAUAUGGGACUCGGACUUGAGCAGGCGGCACCGGAUAUCCUGGACCGGCCGCCGCAGAACCUGAAGCGCGGCAUCUUCACGACGGAGCUCCUGGUCGACAUGGCGGCGUACGGGCUGUGGAUGGCGGCGCUGUGCCUGUCGUCGUUCUCGCUCGUGACGUACCGCUGGGGCAACGGGAUCGAGGGCACCAACUGCAACGACGCGUGGUCGCCCGAGUGCGACACCGUGUUCCGGGCGCGCGCGACGUGCUUCGUCUCCAUGACCUGGUUCUCGCUGUUCCUGGCGUGGGAGCUGAUCCACUUCCGGCGGUCCUUCUUCCGCAUGCAGCCGGGGAGCCCGCGGUACCUGACACAAUGGAUGCUCGACGUGUGGCGCAACAAGUUCCUCUUCUACUCGGUGCUGUUCGGCUUCGCCUCCGUCUUCGUCAUCCUGUACGUGCCCGUCAUCAACCACGACGUCUUCAAGCACACCGGCAUCACGUGGGAGUGGGCCAUUGUCAUCGUCGAGGCCGUCCUGUUCUUUGGCGGCAUCGAGGCCUGGAAAUGGGGCAAGCGCGUCUAUUACCGGCGGACGGCGAAGAAGGCUGGAGGCGGACAGCGACGGAGGCUGAGCAGCGUUGUGUUUGACGGUUAUCUUGAUAAGCAGGACAGCAGGCUUGAAGCUACAGCUUCUGAGGAUGAGCGCCGAGCCGCAGUGGAGGAGAAGGCGUAA